AUGGCCACUUCCACAAACUCCCCCUUCGUCGCCGCCACGCCCGACAAGCACGCUGUUUCGGCUCCCAACCACCAUGAGCCCGUCGUCACGCCCCAGAGCCUCCCCCCUCUGGUCGAUGCAGCAGUACCCCGGCCUGCACCAGAGACUGAGAAGCAUCCCAAGGGAAAGCGAAAACGUACUGCGGCCAAAGACAAAAUGAUUCUCGAAGAGGCGUACAGCAACAACCCCAAGCCCGACAAGCAGGCGCGUCUGGAGAUCGUCCAGCGCGUGUCAUUAAAUGAGAAAGAGGUUCAGAUCUGGUUCCAGAACCGAAGACAAAAUGAUAGAAGGAAAUCUCGUCCUCUCUCGCCUCAAGAAGUUGCUGCCCUUCGAUAUGGGGCCAUGCACGUCAUCUCCUCCGACCCAAUCACGAACACCACCCCGAGUAAACCUGAAAAGACCUUCCCAGCAUCCGACCCCGCCAGUUCUCGAGUUACGGAUCCCAUCUCAGCCUCUCCCCGAACUCUUACCCAGACUCCUUCCAUGCCGCGCUCCCACUCAGACCUUGUGAAUAGCACACCCAUCUCUUCCCGCCACGACAGCACCCCUCGGCUCCCCGACAUCACCCCAAGCCGCAUUGAUCCUGCCCUCUCCCAGGAAUCCCAUGAUGGUUCCCUGUCCAGUUCCAUGUCCAGUUCCCAAAUCGGAUAUCUCUCCAACCGUUGGAACAACGUUGGUAGCUCCUUUUCCACCCCGCCCGCGUUCGGCCGUGGCGGUGAUGACUCCUUCAGAUUUGAACCUUUCCCGCCAUCUUCGUGCACAUCCGAGGGCUCUCAGCCUAUGAGCCAACCCCAGUCCCAGUCUAAAGUCCGCCUAUCACUCUCCCUGGAGGGCAAGGCAGAGCUGGUUUCCAACCAAGGCUCUCCCACUCGUGAUCUCCCUCCUCGACCAUCUUCCACCACACCAAGCCUGCCACAGGUGCGGCAACGAAGCCUGCAACGCAGCCACAGCGCAAUUCCAGCCAUCACUCUUCCUCCCAUCACAACUCUUACCAACUCCCUGCCUCCAAGGCUUAUGCGAGGUCGGUCUCGUGACGUGCAUGCUUGGGAGUCCUGUGCGGAUGCUGAGAACCGUGACGAGCUGACAGCCCAGGCCGAGCACGAGUCGAAUGGAUCGGCCAUAGCUGCUAUCAGUCUUCUUCGAUCGUCGAGCGGGAUCCUUCAGCCGAGCAACGCUAAGCGCAAUGCUCCCAUGCCGAAGCCUCACCGAUCCCACCAGGCAAAGAAGGCCAAGCUGAACCGUAGCGGAUCGAGCGUGGCGCGACUUGAAACGGACCCCGAGGAGACCGAGAAGGCCGACAGGGAGUUUGGCAAGGUGAAGGUCUCGAUGCUGGUUUCACCUUCAGGGGACUCGGAUAAGGAGAACUGGAGCCCGGAUGAGGAUGGUAACCCAUCGGAUGCCUAUCGACGACCUCUGCCGCCUGCGCCUCCCAAGAGCCAGAACCCCCGUCGAGUCGGCCGAGCUCUUCAGGAACAGAAGAGCCCCAGCCUUUUGGCAAAUCGAGCCAAUACCGCGCCCGCUCGCCCUCGAUCAAUCAUCAAGGAAGGCAUGGAGAUUUUCGAGGAUACGCUUAAGCGGCCGGCACCCCGAGAAGACGAAGUGGAUAGAUUUAUGCGAGGGUCAGUCAGCCCUAGCAAGAGGCCCGACAUGGACUGCGUGGCCGGACUGCUCUCUCUGAGCCAGGGUGCCUGGCGAUGA